CAAAAUGCAGUUAAAAUGAACAGCGAUGAAACGAUUAAAACGAAUGCAAAAGAAGAAAAGAAUGAAGUGACGUCAUCCUCAGUGGUCACGUGCAGUAGCAGCAGGAGAAGAAGACAAGUGGCACCGAAAUUUCGGGUUGAGGCAGGUCUGCUUGUCUGCUGUGCCACCUCCAAGAAAAUGCAGACAGCUUUACAAAAAUUGACAGGCUGGUGUUGGUGUUCCUGCUGGCCCAACCUCGGGGGAACUGCAGCAGAUGAAGAACCAUCGAUAACAACAGUCAAAAGGGUCCACGUCGAUGAGAAUGGGCGCCGAGUUGUCGAGACGAAAACCGUGCAGAGGUCUCUGCUUCGGAAGAAGAUUGUGAAUCGACCCGAUGGCAGUCAGGACGUUGUGGAAGAGCUGGUGACAUCCGGAAGUGGAACUUCCCUUUGUCGCGACCGUCCAAUGACAGAGGACCAGUUUCAGAAGGAUUCUCUCGCAUGGCAUAACUAUUAUCGCAGUCUGCACGGCACACCGCCGCUCGCUCUUUGCCCAAAAUUGAAUGAAGUAGCGAAGAAAUGGGCGCAGCAGCUCGCCGUGAAUGACAAAUUUGAACACAGCCCCGACGACACAUACGGUGAGAACGUGUACGUGAAAUGGUCCAGCAACCCGAACCACCAAAUUACAGGACGCGACGCUGUUGAAUCCUGGUACUCUGAGAUUGCGGAGUAUCGCUGGAACGGACAAGAGCCCGACCUAGCAGCGACCGGUCAUUUCACGCAGCUCAUUUGGAGAGACACCACUCACGUAGGCACAUCGUUUGCGCGCAGCGCCAACAACAAAAUUCUUGUAGUUGCAAACUAUAAUCCACCGGGAAAUGUGACUGGACUAUUUGGGCAAUGUGUGCCACCUGCAAUCAAAUACCACACAUAAAUACCGACGUCCUUUGACACGUACGUCUAAUGAUCUGUACGUGAGGAAAAAAAAAAUCUUACCGUUUAUCACA